GGGGUUUUGCUUUCUCACUAUGAUUUUAAGAAACAAAAAUUCAUAUGUAAAUCACCACUCUGUAAACACGACUUUGUCUUCAUCCGGCUCAUACACAAAACAGCAGUGAAGUCGCACAAUAAGCUGCACAAAAUUGGUCACGAAAAUGAUACGAGGAGUGAUCGUGAUGAACGAUCAAGGCAAGCCUCGCCUCAUCAAAUUCUAUGAAUUUCAGCCGCCGGAGAAGCAGCAGGAGCUGGUUCGGAGCAUUUACAGAAUUUUGUGCAGUAGAGCAGAGAACGUCAGUAAUUUCGUUAAAGCGGAUUCGCUUUUCGGGCCGGAUGUACGGCUUGUUUAUAAAACUUUUGCAACAUUGUACUUUGUCUUCAUAUUCGAUAAAUCCGAAAAUGAGCUUGCAAUGAUAGAUCUGAUGCAAGUAUUUGUGGAGACAUUGAACAAGUGUUUCAGAGAGGUAUGCGAGCUUGACAUAGUGUUCAACUUUUACAAGGUCCAUAUGAUUUUAGAUGAGAUCAUAUUGGGUGGCCAAGUUCUUGAGACCAGUUCUGAAGAGGUGGCCAAUGCCGUUGAUGCAAUCUCAAGGUCUCUCUCUCUCUCUCUCUCUCUCUCUCUCUGUAGUUGUGAAAGGCGUCCUCAGGUGCAAUAGGUGCCCCCUGCCUUAGGGUCUUAAAAUAUGGCGCCCUAAAGCACAUGUGUCUUACCAGCCUUACAAUUCUUCUUUUUCAUCUUUAUAUUUCUUUGAGGUGCAAGCAUAGUUUAUAAAAACCAUCUGAAUUUUCAUAUAAUUAAUCAAACCAGUCAUAGUUAUCCCUAAAAUAGAGCUUCUAUCUUUCCAAAUAAUCACCCAUAAGUAUCCCUAAAGAACGUAUUUUAUCCCUUCCAAAAUUAAUCAUCCUAAUAUGCUAUUUUGGAUCUUAAAUCAAUCUUAAAAUCAACCCUUAUCCCAGAUAAGGGCUACUAGAAUUGCUAAUUACUCUUGUAAUUGCCGUAUAAAUGUCUGCAUCAAAGUGUUGCUAGAAGAACUAGUUUACCUCAAAUUAUUACUACUACCACCACCACAUUACUGUACUGUACUGUUGCUACUACUAACUUACAUGUUUCUUGAAAAUUAAAUUAGCUUCAAACUAUUAUUACUGCUAAGGUUAAUUGAAGGCAUAACCAGAUAAUUUUCUGCAGGUUGGAAAAGAAUGCCAAUUCAAUGAUUCCAUCUAUUCCUGGUUGGCAGGGAAGAUAGCAACUGAGCUUCCGUAAUUUCUUUGAUUUCGAAGACUAAAGAUAUCCACUCCCUCUUUUUUCUCUUUUAGAACGAACAUUUGACAUGAUAUGGGACAUGCCCCUUCACCAGGACAACAGAAUUCAGUGAGAUUUCUUGUAUGGCAUUAAUUCAUGCCUAAGCAUAGUUCAUUGAUCUGUCUCGCCCAUUCUUUUAUUGGUGACUAUGAAACGAACUACAUGGAUACAGGACAUCUUUGAGUUUUUUGGUUGUAUAUGUACUGUGCCUUUUGGGGAUGAUAAGAGUAAUUUUUACAUGUAAACAAA